GAUAAGAUAGCAUGGCCGGGAUAAUACAAGCAUAUUAAAUUCGAUUGGUGUCGGGUUUUUGUCUUCGUAAGCUCUGCAAAGACAUAACACCGAAGACAUAACACCGAGCUGAUUUGUACAACCAGACAUUGAACAAUGGAAAAUGCUAGUUUCGACCCCUUAUCCUAUCGGAUUCCAGAAGGGCACAAGUAUAAGGGGAUGCUUCUGGAGAAAUGUAUGUACGAAUGGCAAAUGAAGAAAGUCGAGAGCCUGGAAUAUGCCCCCGACGAUAUGAUUGUGGCGUCUUAUCCAAAAUCAGGAACCACCCUCACGCAAGAAAUGGUGUACUUGGUACGGCAUGACGGUGAUACCGACAAGGCUGGGAACGAGCUCAUCACCAAGCGGGUACCAUUUCUAGAAGCACUUACUGCUGAUGAAAACUGUCUCGCCGAAAAACUGAGCAAAAUGGAGCACCCUCGUACUUUCAAGGUCCACUCUAAUGUUGAGGUAAUGGAGAAUGCAGUUUUGUCACAGAAGACCAGGGUUGUGUACGUCAUGCGAAAUCCAAAAGAUACGUUGGUAUCCUUGUUUUAUUUCUACAGAAUUAACAAAGGAUUAGGAAACUUUCCCGGCACCUGGAACCAGUUCUUUGACAUGGCAAUGGCAGAUUUUGAUAAUAUGUUAUUUGGCAACAUGCUUGAUCACUUCUCUGGGUGGUGGAGCCUGCGACACCUUCCUAACGUCUUGAUCACGCGGUUUGAAGAUUUGGUCCGGAAUCCUGAGCAAGAGAUCGCAAGAAUAGCGGAAUUCUGUGGGAAAGAUGGCAUGUCUGAGGAAACUAUAGACAAAAUCACCCAAGCAACAAGAUUUGAUACGAUGAAGAAGAAUCCUAAAACAAAUUACCAAUCUUCAGAUGCCAUGGAUAUGAGUGUAGGUCAAUUUAUGAGAAAAGGGAUCAUCGGUGAUUGGAAGAAUCAUUUUACCGUUGCACAGAAUGAAACAUUCGAUAGACUUAUCCAGGAGAAGUUGACGGGGACUGGGUUGGAGUUCUGCUACGAGUGAUGAUGAAUCGUUACCUAUGGUGCAUUAUUACACAGAGAUUUUUAUUAUCGUUUCUUUCCUCUCGAGCAAGCUACCUGGUUUCGGGAUGCUGAGUAAUGAAUUCGUGUUGGCAAAAUGUAUUUACUUGGUCAAGUAAAAGGUAAACAUACCCUUGAUAAAUUAUUUGAGAGACUCUGGUGACGUAUAGAAUAUAAUCAGGAAAUAGACAUAAAAUAGGAAACAACAAUCUUAUGAGGAGCGGGCUUUUUUCAGUCGAUAUUUGAAACAAUAAACUUGAAAUUCUUUGCACGAUUGACUUGCAGAACCUCUCUUUUCUUUCAUGCAUGACCACUCGCCCAAAAGAGCUACUACUACCGCAUCAACAUUCAAAUUCUUCGUGUUGUCUGGUCAAUUUGACAAAAGCCAGCG